ACAUUCGCUGUUUACAUUUUCAUGGUUUGCAGUUUUUCUCCAAAAAGCUUUGAAAAUCCUUCAUUUUCGCUACAAAUCUCGCGUUUAAUCAGUCUUUGUGCGGUGAUCACUGUAAAAAAUGUCCAAUUCCCUAGGAAUUCGUGUGAAUAAUGAGAGUUUUCUCAACGAAAACGAGCAGGAUGCAAAUUCUUCAAUGACGGAACUUGACAAAGGAUUACGAUGUUCAAAAGUUGGAGAACAGUGCGAGGCAAUCGUGAGAUUCCCUAAACUCUUUGAAAAGUAUCCUUUUCCCAUCUUGAUCAAUUCGUCAUUUCUCAAGUUAGCGGAGUUCUUUCAAAAUGGGUCCAAUCUGCUGCGCCUGUGGGUUCUGCGUGUGUGCCAGCAAAGUGAGAAACACUUGGACAAGAUUCUGAGUGUGGAUGAGUUUGUAAAGCGCAUUUUCUACGUGACGCACUCGAAUAACCCCAUAGAACGCGCCCUGGCCAUCCGGACGCUGGGCGCUGUGGCGAGAAUCAUCCCGGAGAAGCCUCAAGUCCAUCACGCAAUCCGCCAGGCGCUGGAUAGCCAUGAUAUGGUGGAAGUGGAGGCUGCAAUCUACGCUAGCGUCCAGUUUGCCGCCCAAUCGAAGACCUUCGCCAUCAGCAUGUGCUCGAAAGUGGCCACGAUGAUUGAGUCUCUCAACACGCCCAUCAACAUGAAGCUGCAGCUGAUUCCUGUGCUGCGUCACAUGCAUCACGACGCCAACACGGCGGCUCUCGUGAAGACGCUCUGCGUGAAUUUGCUGCCUAAGUAUCCAUCAGAGAACUUUGUGGUGGUCAUUCUGGACUCGCUAUCGAAGCUCUCGUGUCAGACGCUUGUGGACAUUCCGGAUCAGGUAAAUGUGCUGCUGGAAUAUCUGAUGGAUCCGCGGAGGAAAGUGCGCUAUCAAGUGCUACAUUCUCUGCAGAGUCUUGCCGAUAAGGGAGCGCACUUGUGGCCCAACGGAACGGUCCGGAACCUGCUGACCAUCGCCAGAGAGUGCACAGAUGAUGGCAAUGAGCAGAGCCUCAUUCUAGCUGUCGUUAUGACUCUCACCCGAUGUCCCGUCACAUGCCAUUCUUUGCUGUCCGAGGAGCAGCAACUGGUGUAUGAUCUGUGCUCAGGCUGCCUGACACUUGAGCAUCACAGCGCCAGCGCGAAAGCCCUCGCCAUACUCACAAGCCUCAUUCUCUACUGCCACGUGGAGCACAUCGUGCCGCCGGCGAAGUACAUGAAUCUCAUCAACUUGCACCUAGAGAGCCUCAUUGUGACUUCCCUGCCGCAGGAGAAAUUCACCCGGGAGUUCGCUCAGUAUCUCAAGUGUGGUGUGCAGCUGUCUGAGAAGGAUCCGCAGUUUGGGGAGUCAUUCGUGGAUCUCAUGGGCAGUCUGCUGCUGGAUCAGUUCGUCUACUGCGACAAGCACACGGUGCUGAUCUGUGAGACUUUCGCAGCUCUUUGCUCUCAAUUCAGCACCAACAGAUUCGGCGUCUCUGGAGAGGAGCGAAUGGAUGUGGACGAGGGUCAGAGUGGGAAGAAUCCUAUUCACGCUCUGCUGCCAGACAUCCUGCGGAAGCUGUCAUUCCUCGUGGACAAGGGCCUCGCCGAGAAAAACGUCCAGUUCAUUGAGAUCAUGACUGCAGUCUGUUUGCAAUCUCAUCUCGGCGUGCUGAUUCCGGAGAGUGUCUUCAGCGUCCUCGAGAAGGUGGUGAAUGCCAUUAGUUGCUGGUCGCAGUAUCGCAUCGCCAGGUCGGCGUCCAGAUAUGGUCAUCACUUCCUCUCGGCGAAGAUAUACGCCAAACUAGCAAAUGUGGUGUCUCUGGAGAAGCUGCAUUUCUUCCUCGUGGCUCUAUCGCAGAUGUCCAAGGCGGAGUGUGUGCUCAUGUACGGCCGGGAGUUCGAUGACAUCGUGAAGAAGUACAAAUCAGCGAAUCCGGAGGAGUUUCUGUCUUUGUCGCAGAGACUGCAAAAGUCCAUUGCGAUGUACUGGAAGGCUCUGGCCACACUUAAGGCGAGCUCUUCGCCGAAUCACCCAAUGACCUUCCAGUCAGAGUUCAUUCGCCUCCGUGGUCAGUUUCUGGAAGCCCUUUUCACGGCGGUCAUCACGAAGAAUACCCAACUGAUCACUCUCCCGCCCGCGAUCGCCCAGAGUCUGGCUCAGAACUCUCGGGAUCACCUGCAAAUGUACGGACAUGUGACAAAUCAACUCAGGAAGACUGUGAAGACAUUCAAAAUGUGCGAAGAUGCUUAUUUGAAGCUCUACAAAUCGGCAUUUGAUGCUGAUCCUUGCACUCUGGAAUAUCUUCAAGUCGCCCAAUAUCUGUGCGGUGUUCUCGGGAACUCUGUGGAGGCGAUAUGCUUCGUCUCACCUUCGGACUCGUCCAAUCAGCCCACCGAGGGCUCCUAUCCGGAAACGAGACUCUUUCUCAACGGCUGCCAGCGCAUCAUUAAGGAGAUGCAGAAGCUGCCCAAGGAAACUAACAACAAGAAAUCCAUCACGACUGAACACACUCAAGUGCUGCUCAGUCAGAUUGGCGUGGCCAUGAGUGUUCCUCACUGCAUUCCUCGCUUCUUCUUCCAAGUACUCCAGAACACCUCCAUUAAGCUGUCCGUGCUGCCACAGCCCAGAGCCGCCGGGGAGCCAGUCAACGUGCAGCCCAACAGCAAUCUGGUGGUGAAGGUGGAGGGCGUAAUUCAGCACAGUGGCUCCAGGCCAAACCUCUUCCGCUCCAUUGACUCAGUGCAGCUGACUUUGGUCUCUCAAUUGAUCAGCCAGCGGCCCGGCGAAGUGAAGCAGCUCAACGAUAUCACCAUGACGCAGACCGUGAAACCUCACAGGGAUUUUCUCUCGGGCAGUUUCCUACUGCAGCUCAACAACAUCCAGACUAGCUCGAUGGGAACUCCAAUUUCCGUCGGUGGCCAGUGGCAAGUCACCGUGGAAGCGUAUGUUAUCGACAAGUCAGGCGCCCUAUGGAAUACUGGACCCAAAAGCAUUCUCCUGGUGCGCGUUCCAGACGAUCCUUCGAAGCAAUCUCUGGCCUCUUCUAGUGGACUUCGACGCUUCUGAGAAUACCGCGAAAAAUUGUAAUGUUACGAAUGAAUUUAUUGUAAAAAUACAAGUAAAAAUAUUAAACAAGAAGCCUCUCAAUCUCCUGCUGAA